AUGGCUAACAAGGUAGUCAUGUCGGUUGCAUCGGCGAUCAUCGUGAUCGGUGUUGUGGUCGGGAUCUGUCUAGUACUCGCAAACACCAAUAAAUCCCAUGAUGAUUCCCAUGAUCAUAAGGUUAGCUCUAACAGCAAAACAGCCGAGACGAUAUGCAAACAAACCGAGUACCAAGAUACUUGCUUGGACGCGGUCGAUGAGGUUGCGAAAAACUCCUCUGCCACCCCUCAAGAUUACAUCAUUGCGGUCAUUCGCGCUACGGCGGAUGAACUUAAUAAGUCUCUUGAGAAGGCCACUGCGGCCAAGAAAGAUUGCUCGAACCAUACCCAGGCUCAGCUUGAAACGUGUGAGAAAAUGAUCGGUUAUGCGACCGAUGAGCUCAAACAGGUGCUUAAAGUCAUUGCUGAGACGAAAGCAACAACGCUAGCGCAACAAGCAGACCCGCUGCUAGACUGGCUGACCGCGGUUCGUUCGUACCAGACAACAUGUGUGGACGAGAUCCAAGACAAGAAAAUGAAAGCUGAUAUGCAAGAAGCGUUGCAAACAUCCAAUGAGUUAACUUAUAACGCACAAAAGAUUGUGUACAACGUGCACAACGUUCUUAAGGAUGCUGGAGUCAGUUUGGAUGCGUUUAAACUCCCUCCGAUCGGAAACCGUAAGCUUCUUGCGGAGCUGGACGAGAUUGACCGCAAUGGUUUCCCAUCAUGGGUACCGAAAAACGACCGGAAGCUUCUACAAGCCACACCUGAUAACGAAGCGCUGUUCAAAACCCGAACCCCACCUCCGGUUCCAGCAAACCCGACACCCGAUGCGGUUGUAGCUCAAGACGGAAGCGGGAGGUUUAACAGCAUCAAACAAGCGGUAGCCGCUUACGCACCCGGCCCGUCAGGAAGAUACAUAAUAUACAUCAAAGCCGGGACAUACAACGAAGGACAAAUCACCGUAGACCGCGGCCAAAACAACGUGUUCAUGUACGGUGAUGGUAAGGACAAGACCAUCAUUACUGGUAGCUUAAACUAUGGCAUUAUGAACAUUGGAACUUCACAGACCGCAACGGUUAUUGCUAUCGGAGAACGCUUCAUGGCUAGGGGAAUCACGUUCCGAAACUCUAUCGGCCCAGCAGGACACCAAGCGGUUGCGUUCCGCUCUCAAUCCCCGCACACGGUUAUGGUAGAUUGCGGCUUUGAGGGUUACCAAGACACAUUGUACUACCAUACACACGACCAGUUUUACAAAAACUGUGCCAUCUACGGAACCGUGGACUUCAUAUUCGGCACGGGCCGGGCUUAUAUCCAAGACUCGGAUAUAAUUGUCCGAAAACCGGAUGCCUCACAAGGAAACAUGUGUACAGCUGAUGGAAGGAUGAAAAUGGAAGAAGCGGGAGGGGUGGUACUACAUAACUGCCGAAUCCAAGCGGCCCCAGAGUUGGCCCCAGUGCAAGCGAACUUCCCGAGCUACCUCGGACGACCGUGGAAGCCGUCGGCGACAUCGGUGAUCUUGAAAUGUGAUAUUGGUAAUUUGAUCAAGCCAGAAGGGUGGAUGACAUGGGAGUCGCCAGAGGGUGCAAACAACCAUUUGACAUGCAUGUUUAGAGAGUAUGGAAACACUGGACCCGGGUCAAACCAAGCGGGUCGGGUCACAUGGGCGGGUUAUAAGCCAAUUACAAAUGAGAGAGAUGCACUUGACUAUACACUUGGCUCGUUUUUGAAUGGUGGAAGUUGGCUGCCUCAAUAUGGUGUGCCAGCUAAUCUUGGGUUAUAA